AUGACAAUUCUGGGGAACCUGCGGGGAGGAGCUGCUUUCAUCUCCAUAUCAUCUCGCAGCAGCGCUCCUCGACAUGGCGGUGCUUCCGCAAAACUCAAGAAAUGGACCAGUGCGGUAUCUUCGGAAGCUUCCACAACCCCCACUUCCAUCUCCUCUCUGAACCACAAUACCACACGACAACUCGCUAGUAGCUCGCAGCAGCAACAACAACAAAAUGCCCAAAUUCUGUCUUGUUGGAACCGAUUAUUCGAUGUCGAAGUACCCGAAGGUCGGUGCGUGGGAUUGGAAUUGGUCGAUUUUGGAAACGAUGACACUCGUUCCUUGGAACCAGAAAUGAUCACCACCAACGCAAGUCACUGGAUCCAUUCACUCCUCCAUGAAGAAGAGGUUGCCUACGGUGUCACACUGCCCUCGCCGUCCCGAAGAGACACUUUUUUCAUUGGACGCAUGGCCGUGCGGGAAGCACUUGGCAUUCUUGGCGACACUACUAACAAUGGAGGAGAGCGUCGUCGCAAUCCCUGGGAAAUUGCCUGGACGCGUGGCAUUCCACCCAUUUUAAAAGAUGAACACGGACGACCCACCAUGCCCAAGGGAUACGUCGGCUCGAUUAGUCACAAGGGGCGAGCCGGAGUGGGGAUUGUAGCACGCGAUGAAACCUACAGUUCGCCCGAAGAUCCUCCCAAAGUGGGCAUUGGUGUCGAUCUGGAAUAUACCACCAAUAGUCGACGCAAUAUUUCACGCAGAGUCUUGACGGAACAUGAGAUUGCGUCCUUGGGUCAAGUCGAGGGCGUGACAGAGGAAGAAGAGGUAAUGCUUCGUUUCAGCCUCAAAGAAUGCAUCUACAAAUCCGUGCAUCCACUGAUUUGCCAGUAUGUUGGGUUUCAAGAAGCCGAGGUUACCCCUCAUUCCAAUGGCACAGCAACGGUGACGUGGAAGAUCAAGUCGGGAGCACAUGAGCGACUGGGAGAUAUCACGGCUCAUUGGAGACGAUUAGAAGAUGGUAGUGAUUACUUUUUGUCGAGCUCGAGUGCAGUGCUUCGGGAAGAAGAAGAUGUCACGAAAUAA